AUGACUGCAUUUCUGACAAUCCUCCUGAGCCUGCUGAUCAUCAGCUCGGUUUCUGGUAAGAUGACUACAUCUCCAUUGCUCUAAUUAAUGAGAUAGUUGAACUGCACCACUACAUUUUCAUACCACUUGACUUAGCGACCGUCAGCACAAGCGGGCUAUCAAACCCGAUAUUGUCUUGAGCCACCUACUGACCCCUCAAUCCUACAUAGACAUUUUCAGCUUUUCUUUCUUACUUCCAUGGAAUUUUUCAAUAGAAAUAUCUCUACCUUAAAGGUGUUUUUAUCUAGUACAAUUUCCAAGGGGUUAAUUCGGUAAAGUGAAACAUGCAUACAAUUUAAAUAGAAGGCUAAUCAUUCCAAGGACGGGUAAGAAAACAAAGGAAGAAGUGGAAUGAAGAAAAACAAUCAUUUCCCGACAGCCGGAAGCAUUUCAAUGCGUGCCAUGCUGGAAACUUCUGGAGAUAGCACUAAGGUGCUGUCGUGGUUUGACGAAUGCCCAAAAGGCAUUUAAAAAUAACAACACAUAUCUACCAAAAGGCUAUUUUAAAAUGUUUGUUGUAAAGUUGCCUGAAUGCUGCAUCAAACGUUUCCCAUAAAUGUCUCCAUUUCAGAAGGCAACAAAUGCCAUAAUGAAGGCGAGUUCUGCACAAAAACUGUCUUUCAGAGAUGCUGUGGCGGACUUGUUUGCGAUCUAAGUGGUUUCGCGAAAGGCAAGUGUGUGCGCUGUCUAAGUGCAAAAAAGGCCUGCUGGCGCAACCGUGACUGUUGCAGUGGAAAAUGCUCCUUGUUUAAAUGCAAAUAGGCCACGUUGGACGGUAUCCAGGAGACGGAUUUUUUUUUUUUUUCUACUUGAGCUGCCUCCUUUCUGUGUUUUUUUUUGGUUGGCUGUUUUCACGAAUUUACACAAAGAAAAUAUUGGUUUCAGUUUCAGUUUAUUAAGGGAAAUAUAAGCGAGCGCCGUUGAACUCCCUAUUGGUUACAGGUCGUCGGAGAAAAACAUUGAUGGAAAGGAACGUGAAAGAAAGAUUUGUACAUACUUGCGGACAAGUGCCAACUAAUCUAAAAUGAGUAAUCGUUAACGAUUACUUAUUAAUCAUAAGCAGUAUAAACGUGUGUAAGUUGGCGCCGGGUUAUGUGAGUGGAUGGAAGACUGGUAAUUGGGAAGCCUGAUACGCGGCAUGUCUACACUUAAAGGAAUUGACACAGGAGGAGAUUACAGCAUCGAUAGGCGGGGCAGUCCACGCUGCAACCACUCUGCUACGGAAAAAGAACUUCCAUCCAUUGCUCCUUGCUUUACUUGCGCGCAGUUUUAGGGGAUGACCGCGCAAAGUGGGCGUGUUAGUUUGAGUGGAAUAAUCAGUGGGAUCUAAACAACAGUCUAGGCCCUAAAUAAUGCGGAAUGUUAGUAAAGAUUACCAUUUAACUGCCUGUAGGAAAGGGGAAAGUGGUUGAGAGUUGACAGUCUGGUUUCGUAGAGCAGUGCUCCCAGGCCUUUUGUCCUUUUGGUCGCCCGACUCUGGACCUUCUCCAAGACGGUCUAGUUCUUGGCAGUCCAUGGCCUCCACUCAUGUAUGACGUAUUCUAGAUGAGACCGCACGCAGGUGCUAAAUAUUUUGGAAAAGCGGUCAGGGUUAAAUCCCAUAAAGACUCGCUUAAUGAGUUGCAACGUAGCCUUAGCUGAUUUAGUCGCCUUCGCUCAGUGCAGUGUUGGUUUGAGUGAAGAUGCAAUCCAUUCACCCAAGACCUUCUGACAGUUAAACUGUUUCUGUGGUGUGCCGUGUUGAAAAUACGUCCUGGGGCUGGGGGCUCUUAAACCGCCGAGUUGAAGAAGGUUGCACUUGAUUAUAUUGAAGGGCAUAGGCCAGGGCUUCGACCAGUCUUCCAGUUUGUUCAAGUUUGCUUGCAGAUGGUCUGCGUCUGCCGCGUUGUGAAAAACCUUCCACACUUUCAGUUCGUCGGCAAACAGGAUUGCAUCACAGUCUAGGUCCUUGACGCAGUCAUUUAUGAAAAUGAGAAAUAACGUGGGAACUAAGACUGAGCCCUGUGGGACGUCACUCACCACGCUUAACUCUGAGGACUGUUGACGCCCGAUCUCCACUCUGUGGGACCGUUCAGUCAAAAAGUUCUCGAUCCAUACAAGAAGGCGCCCACAAAUUCCAGCGUUGAGUGGUUUGUGCAAGAGACGUUGAUGAGGAACGCUAGCGAAGGCCUUUUUGAAGUCGAUGCAGAUGGCGUGCACCACAUUGCCUUCAUCGUGUGCUUUGGUCCAGCGUUCGAGCGAAAAGAGCAGAUUCGUGAGACAGGACCUACCACUUCGAAAGCCGUGUUGGUAAUCGAAAAGGAGGUGGUUCUGCUCGAGGAACUGCAUCAAGGUCUUCUAAAUGAUCUUCUCCAUGAUUUUGCAACAGAUGGAGGUAAGAAUAACUGGCCUGAAUUUAUCCGCAGACGCACAACUUCUACCCUUAAUUGGAGGAGUGAUGGUAGCGGACUUCCAGUCAGAGAUUAGGCACCCGGUAACAAAUGACGUUUAAAAGAGGAAGGCUAGCGGGUUGGAAAUUUCGUGAGCUGAACGAUUGUUUCCAUGAAGAAGACUGCUUCAAGGGUAGGCGCUUCUUCGUCUUCACAAGUGGGUGAGAAAAAAUCAGUUUUGCUUUUCACGACGGACCGAUGUUAGCCUUAUCCUUGUCAUCUGGGAUUUCCGUUCCCUUGGCCGUUCGCAGCAGUGGGAUGGCAUCUUUGUUCCAUGUACUCUAUCUUAUGUAGCUGUAAAGAACUUUGGAAUUAACCAUGGCACGUUUCAAAAGAUCCUUUACAAAGUCUUUCCGAUCUUUGGCGAUGUGAAUUUUGACCUGAUUUCUUUGUAGUUUAUAACUGCUCAGGGAUUCCGGCGUCCGGUCAAUUAGGAAACUUUUUCCAUAGGUUCCUCUUCUUGUUAACUCCCUUCCUAAAGGACGGAGCCGACUAGCGGAGUCCAUUCGUAAGUCCUCUGCGCAUGAUGGGGUAGUGGUUGGAGAUGAGGCUGUGGACUAUCUCUCUGAACUGACAACAAGCCUCUUCGAUAUCGCUGGAGAGAGCGGAUGCCCAGUCGAUAGGACGAAGAUCCUCUAUCGUCUGUUCUUAGUCGCCGCGUCAAAUAUUGGGUCGGAAACCGAUCGGUUGUGCAGGCAGAGAGAAUAA